GGGUGGGAAGCCUGUGGUUGACGCUAUGAACAUGUACAGCCUCGAUUUCAAACUUCACUCACAUUACGGAGACAUCGGCGGUGAAAAUAGGCACAAUUCGUGCUGAUGAAAACUUUCAAAGCUAUAAAGAUUAUCCAAAUCGGAGGGUAAAUAAGAAAUGGGUGGAACACAGUUACAGAACAAAAAACUUCUGUUUGGGACUUUAGCUGUAUGCGUCCUCAUAUUGGUGAUAGCAUUCACAGAAUUGAUAAACCCAAAGCUAGAAAAACAUUUCUGUGCCGGUGCCAAAAUCUCGAUGACGAAAUGCAAGAUUCCGGCCCCAACGGAUUUCUCACAAGAUAAAAAAGAUAUCGCAAGGAAGCUACUAGAGGUCAACUUACUCCUAAAGGCGGACAUCCUUCAGAAAAGGGCACCGGCCCCAGAUACUGUUCUUAAGCUAGAAGCUGUAAUAGAACAACUUGAGCCAGAGUAUUCACUGAGUAAGUCAAGAGAGAAACCUAAGCAGGAUGUUAAUACAAGUGUUAUACUCGACGUAUGUCCUGAAGAGUACCGCGGCGAAAAUUUCGGUUACCCGUUCUUCCAUACUGGCUGGGAACUCAGUAAUUGCUCUAAUGCAAGAUCUCUACCAGAGGUUAUCACCAUAUUGCUCAACACGAUUGCAUACCCAGAGCAAGAUGAUCAGCACAUCACAAACGUUCUCCAGGGCAUAAACAGUACUUACCCAGGAGUGCAAGUUAUUCUAUCAUCAACAAAGCCUAGCGUUCAACAAAUGUCCAAGAACUACCCUAACGUUUCUGCGGUGAUAAUUAGCAGUGGGAGCCUGGGUGCGGCAUGGAACCAGCUAGCAGCAAUGGUCAAGACACCCUACACCCUCAUCGCACGGGACCUUGUCCAUUUCGAUUUCAACGCCCGCCUUGAGCGCCAGAUAAGAAUGAUAAGCGACACAGAUCACGUAGGGGUAGUGGGUGGGGCGUUCCGUAACCUCACGGGUCACUGGAGGGUGGGGUGUCGACAGAGCCGGAUGUUUAACUACGUAUUGAGUUUCCAGGAAGGCUACCAUUAUUCCAGAAAAUCUUGUAUGUUUUGUAGCGAUCUUGAAGGGCCCUUUGUGGCUACAACUGAUUUACUGAAGUCUGUCAAGUUCAACGAAAUACUUCCCAAGGAGGUGGUAUUUGAGGACUUCUUCAUCAGGGUUACUCGUGCUAGCUAUCUCGUCAUGAAUUGCCCUGAUGUUAUGUAUUACACAACGGAUUACUCAUCAGAGACCAAGAUGCGUGACAAGGCAAUUUGGCGGGAGUUUGCCACCAAAUGGGUAUUAGUGAGAGUUGCGUUACAAAGCGUCACUCAUUCAUUCUCCUGUAGCGACAUCUCUUACAAGUGUAGCGUCGGCGUGACAAAAUACGCCCCUCUCCCUAAGUGCUGCUUGGAGCAGUUUAGCGGCGCAAUGAGAUUCCUCCAAGAAUUCGCUGAGAAAAAUAACGUGGCUUUUGAGUUGGACGCUGGCUCGGUACUGGCUGCAGUUAAGUUCAGUGACUACAAUCCCUUUGAUUUGGACGGUGAUAUAUCAAUGCUUUCAUGGAAUUUCUCAUUCAUCAAGGACAACAUGCCAUAUUUCAAGAAAAAUGGCUACACUUUCUCGUCUUAUUCCGCUCCAUCAUUUGACAGCAAAGGGAAUGUUAAAGGAAAGGGCUAUUUCAUGUACUACAGCCCAGAUAUAUACACUGAGUGUUAUGGGUUUGCCGAUAUGUCGGCAAAUAGACACCUACCGAAGGACCUGCGCGAUAUGCCACAUUUCACAAAGGCGUUGAUUGGCGACUCCUGGAUCAACAUCAUGUUUUCACCUGGAUUGUUCGCACGGAACCGCUACGGUUUGGACAUACUAAAGCAUUCUCAGAGCUGGUUGCAGGUUGGAGGAAUGGGAUCUAGUUGGGGUCGUUACAAACCUGGGCAGUUUCUGAAAUGUUCAAAGCCGGAUUUUCACUCAUGUCUGGAAAAGUUCCCAGCAGAUGGAAACUUGGCGUUUAUAGUGGACUGAUAAAAUAGAACUGCGAGACGGUUUUUAGGUAUAAGGAAAUGUAGUUUUAUAAGAAUUUAGCCCUUCAUUUGUACAGCUUUGUUCCCAGUUAAAAAAAGCAAUAGAUCAGAGCAAUCACGCUUUUCAUCUCCAACCCACCUCCAACCAAUUUGCGGAUGUGUCGCAAAUUUCGUUUUCCUUCACCAGAAAAGUUGAAAAAUAACUGAUAAAUAUUUGACGAGA